GCUUGUGUGGAUUCCGCCGGUGACACUUUGGCUCGGUGUCAGAGAACGGUGACGGUCAUGAGUAGACCGAUGAUCUAUGAUGUUUUUCCAGGCAAAUCUUAAAGUUCGUUUAGACUCUUGAGUUCUUCUUGAAUUGCCAGUUUUCAGCCUCCUCAUGCCUCCAUCUCCUUUAGACGACAGGGUAGUAGUGACACUGUCUAGGCCUGUCCGACCUCAGGAUCUCAACCUUUGUUUAGACUCUAGCUACCUUGGCUCUGCCACCCCAGGCAGUCCCAGCCACCCUCCUGCCAUUGCCACCGCCGUUGUGACCCUCAAGGCUGCGAAUCUGACGUAUAUGCCCUCAUCCAGCGGCUCUGCCCGCUCCCUGAAUUGUGGAUGCAGCAGUACUAGCUGCUGCACUGUGGCAACCUACGACAAGGAUCACCAGACCCAGACUCAAGCCAUUGCCGCAGGCACAGCCACCACCGCCAUAGGAACCUCGACCACCUGCCCUGCGAACCAGAUGGUCAACAACAGUGAGAACACAGGCUCUUUAAGUCCAGCGGGUGGGGUGGGCAGCCCUGUGUCAGGGACUCCCAAGCAGCUAGCCAGCAUCAAAAUCAUCUAUCCCAAUGACCUGGCGAAGAAGAUGACCAAAUGCAGCAAGAGUCACCUGUCCAGCCAGGGUCCUGUCAUCAUUGACUGCAGGCCUUUCAUGGAGUACAACAAGAGUCAUAUCCAAGGAGCUGUCCACAUUAACUGUGCCGAUAAGAUCAGCCGGCGGAGGCUGCAGCAGGGCAAGAUCACUGUCUUAGACUUGAUUUCCUGUAGGGAAGGCAAAGACUCUUUCAAGAGGAUCUUUUCCAAAGAAAUUAUAGUUUAUGAUGAGAAUACGAAUGAGCCGAGCCGAGUGAUGCCGUCCCAGCCACUUCACGUAGUCCUCGAGUCCCUGAAGAGAGAAGGCAAAGAGCCCGUGGUGUUGAAAGGGGGACUCAGUAGUUUUAAACAGAACCAUGAAAACCUCUGUGACAACUCCCUCCAGCUCCAAGAGUGCCGGGAGGUGGGGGGCGGCGCGUCUGCGGCCUCGAGCAUGCUACCUCAGUCUGUCCCCACCACCCCUGACAUCGAGAACGCAGAGCUGACGCCCAUCCUGCCCUUCCUGUUCCUCGGCAAUGAGCAAGAUGCUCAGGACCUGGACACCAUGCAGAGGCUCAACAUCGGCUACGUCAUCAACGUCACCACUCACCUCCCCCUGUACCACUAUGAGAAAGGCCUCUUCAACUACAAGAGACUGCCAGCCACUGACAGCAACAAGCAGAAUCUGCGGCAGUACUUUGAAGAGGCUUUUGAAUUCAUUGAGGAAGCUCAUCAGUGUGGAAAGGGCCUUCUCAUCCACUGCCAGGCUGGCGUCUCCCGCUCCGCCACCAUCGUUAUCGCCUACCUGAUGAAGCACACGCGGAUGACCAUGACUGACGCUUACAAAUUCGUCAAAGGCAAACGACCAAUUAUCUCCCCGAACCUCAACUUCAUGGGGCAGUUGCUGGAAUUUGAGGAAGACCUGAACAAUGGUGUGACACCACGGAUCCUUACACCAAAGUUGAUGGGCAUGGAGACGGUUGUGUGACGGCAGGCAGCAUGGAAGGGCCGUGGCUCCGUCAGGAGAUGAACAGGCGUGAAGAGGGUUCUGGUUUUGUUUUUGUUUCUGUUUUUCUUUUUUCAGUUUUUUUUUUUUUUUUUUUAAAGUUGGGGAAAUGUUUGUGAAAGGAAACAAACUUGUCUAGAGACUCUAUUUUUAAUAAGUGUGAGGAGACUAUAACUUCCGAUGCCACUGAGAACCACUUCUCUUUAUCUGGUAUUGCAAAGAGGUUAAAGAGGUCAUUUUUUUUUUUUUUAAGCCAACAAAUAAAAAGAUUAUGAAACUUGCUUCUCCCCAGUUUUCCUUGUUAGCUGUUGUAAAGUUUCUGACUAAGUUGUCUGUGCGGGCUCAUAGACCGAAGAUACCACACUUCAGUGACAAGGAAGCCAGAGGAAGUGGAAAAGACAUCGCCUUUCGAAGACCUGGAGCCUACCUGGCCACCAAACGCCACCAAACCAUGCCCUGUUGAGCUCACAGGUGUGAAGAGAAGGGGGCAGCCUCAGUGGUCGCAGAUGACCUCAUGCUCUGGAGAGACAGAGGGUAUUGUUGAUUGUGUGGGUUUCAUGCUCUGGAUAGUUUCCCCCUUUCUGUGGGUUUGAAAGAACUUUCUUUUCUUCUUCUUUUUUCUUUUUAAUAGAAAGAAAUUGGCCGUUGUUCCAUGUGCCUUCGCUGGCACGUGUGCAAUAAAAAUGGUGUUUGGUGUGUGCGGGUGAGUUAGAGCUGGCACUUGAGUGACAGAUCGAACCAGCUUGGAGAUAGGAAUUCAACAGUACCAGUGGCUUCCCCUCCUCCUGCUCUCCCUCUGUUUUUUUUUCUUCCUUCCUUCCUUCCUUUCUUUUUUUGUUUCUUUCCUCUUCCUUUUUUUGUUUCUCCUUUUUGAUUUGAGUCUGGUUACAGUGCCAUAAACCUUGUUACAUAUGUAUAUCAGAAUGUAAAAAAACAAAAGACAAAACUUUAUUUAAAAAUAUUUUUCGCAAAAAAAAAAUUCUUGGUGUGUUUUUGAUGGUGGUGUAAAGACUUAUUUUCAUUAUAUAAAUGAAACUCGUU